AUGUACUUUAGAGUUACAUUCGUAAAACUUAUCAUGUUGCAAUUUUCUACAAUAUUCUCAAUAACUGAAUGUUCGAAUAUUUUAAAGGAACCCUUAAGAAUCCUUGGUGGAAAUGACGCUAAUCCAGAUGAGUAUCCGUAUGUUGUCCGUAUAGAAUUAAAAUUCUGGACUAUUUCUACAAAUAACACUACUGUCGCCGAAAAUUAUCAUCUCUGCACAGGAUCUGCUCUUUCGUCAACAUGGGUACUAACUGCGGCACAUUGCUUGGUUUCUUGGCUCCAAAGUUUUAAAGUGAAAUUUGUCAUAAGAUACGGAAAAGGAUUCGACCCACAACGGACAAAUCAUUUUUUUAGCGAUGUUUUGCACACUAUUAAACAUCCUUUAUACAGAAACAAUGAGAACGACAUAGGUCUUAUGCAAGUAACACCCAUGCGUAUUGCAAAUUAUAUGAAAAUUAGCGCUGUGGAUUAUUUAUCAAUACUUGGUCAUGAAGCCGACAUAGCUGGUUUUGGUGUGACAACUCUUAAUCUGCCAGGGGUAAAAAUCGAAACAAACGACACCCUCGUACUGAGGAAACCACUACAAGUUUUAAAAGUUUUAAUUUAUAAAUGCCCAGAGCACUACUUUACCAAUUCUUAUUGCUUAGCAAGAAGAUGUGGCCAUCGAGUUACAGCUUGCGGAGGAGAUUCUGGUGGUCCUCUAAUUCAUACAUCGGGUAUAGCAGGAAUCUUGACUUUAGGAGAAAAAACAGCUGAUUGCUUAGAUCACGUAGCAAAAAAAUCAACGAAUGUUGCUGGUAUUGCUUUACCAAUUAGCUGGUAUAUAGAAUGGAUUUAUAGCCAUGUAUCAUAUUAA